GUGAUGCGGCUGCGGCCUCACUUUGACAUCCAGUCGACCUCCGAUCGUCUCCUCGUCACCGCCGCUACCCCGGGCCUCGCCAAGGACGACAUCGCCGUCGAGGUCCUCGAGGCCACAGGCGACGUCCCCCCGACCCUAGUCAUCUCCGGCCGCUCGUCCUCCAAGCAGACGUCGGAGGAGCCGGCGCGAGUCCAAGCGUCGUAUGCGGCGUUUGAGAAGCGCGUCUCCCUCCCUCCCCACACAAAGCCCGACAUGGUCGAGGCCAAGUACGACAACGGAGUCCUCCGAGUGUCCGUCAAGCGACCCGAGGAGGAGCUAAAGGCGCCUCCGCGG